CCAUUUCGUGUGUGUGUGUGUGUGUGUGUGUUAGUGUUAGUGUGACGCCAUCAUGGUGGUCAGGUGGGGAAUCUGCAGCGCUGGGAAAAUCAGUCACGACUUCACAGUGGCAUUAAAGACUCUUCCUCCUGAAGACCACGAGGUGGUUGCCGUGGCAGCACGUGACUUAAAACGAGCAGAAGAUUUUGCUCAGAAACACUUCAUCCCUAAAGUUUACAGCAGCUAUGAGGAACUGGCCAAAGAUCCCGACAUCGAUGUGGUAUACCUGGGCACCAUCCACCCUCAUCAUCACCCAGUAGGCAUCAUCUUCCUCAAUGCUAAGAAAAACAUUCUGUGUGAGAAACCUCUAGCCAUGAAUCUGAGAGAGGUGAAAGAGCUUCUGGCCACAGCCAAGACAAAUAAUGUAUUCUUGAUGGAAGCUGUAUGGACACGCUUCUUUCCCGUCUCACUGGAAAUCUCCAGGUUGCUGGCACACGAAGCUGUAGGGGAGGUGAAGCUGGUGAGAGCGGACUUUGGGGCGUCUCUGAAGAACAUCCCUCGCUCUGUUGAGAAGGAGCUUGGAGGAGGCGCGCUGAUCGAUAUCGGCAUUUACUGCCUGCAGUUUGUCCUUAUGGUUUACAACGGGGAGAAACCGGAGAGUGUCCAGGCUACUGGAGUCUGUCUGGACACAGGAGUGGACGAGAGCAUGGUGGUCACGCUGAAGUUCUCUCAGGGAAGAUUAGCAGUGUGCACCUGCACAAUAGCCGUGGAUCUCCCAAACGAAGCUGUUAUCAUCGGGACUAAAGGAACCAUCAGGGUCCCUGCUCAUAUGUGGUCUCCUACAUCACUGAUGGUAAAUGGGAAUGAGACUCAGUACCCGGUUCCUGAACCGUACCUGCCAACCAACUUCAUCAACAGCACCGGGAUGAGAUAUGAGGCUGAGGAAGUGAGACAGUGUCUCCUCAAAGGACUGAAGGAAAGUUCACGGAUGUCUCACUCGGACUCGGCUCUGCUGGCUGAGAUAAUGGAUGAAUGUAGGAGGCAAGUCGGAGUGGUGUACAGCCAAGACCACCAGUGAACCUAGUGAACCUUAUAAACUGUCACUAGUUUAUUUCACAUCAAUAAAAGUCCCUUCUUGA